AUGGAUACUCUUCAAGACUUCCAAUUAAAAGCGAUUAAAAACAUUCGCGCAAGAGCGCUACUGUCAAAACAGGACGCAAACGCAACCAUCCGCCAUGUCCUGCGCAUGUCCAACGUGGACGCGUCAGCCAUCGAUGACCUGCGUCAGCGCAUAGCAAAGCACGGCCACAUUGCUAUACAUUUCCACCCCGAUCGCCCGGUGAAGCUUCAAGACGGAUUUACGACGGUUGCCGAAUCGCUGGCGUUAGACGGUGUCUACCGCAGCCAGUUUGAAACGUCCAUCUCCAACGGUCUGGUAUCAACAGUAGCAGGCGGCCCGCGAGACCAAUGGGAGGAGAAUUUAUUCGGCGGCGCAUACCAUGAAAAGAACAUCACGGUAUCUCCUAAAUAUCGGCCAAAAUAUGGCGCUCUAGAUUUCAUUGGUUUCGCCGAUGGGCCGGCGCCGCGAUUUGGAUCAACAUAUUUCGUGCUGAAGCCAGAGGUAUCCUCCCGGGCAACGUUUACAUACGGUGGUUCGCAGGACGCGCCGAAAGAUGUAGGAACCAUUGAUGAAAUAGACAGUAUUCUUUCCGCACUUCUGGAAGAAUCUUUUAUUCGAGACGGCGCACUGGGGUUUGCCGGUCGACCAGCUGGAUUACUUUCGCACAUACAGGCGCAGAUGGUAACGCCAAGAGCAUCUAGCAUAACUACAGGCAGUAACUUGGACCACGUGAUUGAAGCUCAAAUCCACGGGGAGAUUCUCUUGUCCCGUGAUGUCGAGGCCUUGGUCGUGGACGGGUCUUUCGCAGCAGACGACGACAAGACAAGUACGGUGCUGCGUGAGAUGGGCGCCAAGUUUGGCUUUCCGGUCCUGUUUACCCGUGGAUUCCGUUUAGACGUCGACUCUGUUCCAAUUGACUUUCGCGGUCCUACAAUGCCAUCCUUGGCGAAGCGGAUUUCAGCAUCUGUUGUGGACGCAAAGUCCAUCGGGGUGGCUGCGCAGAGCCUGCAGCGGGACCCUGAGCGCUGGUCAGAUCGAGGCACAUACGCAGAGGUUUUGCAGGAGUUGAAGCUUCUCUGGCAUAUUCUAGUCCGCUUUGGGUAA